GCCGUAUGUUCUCUAUCCAACGGUUGGCGUAAUCUGCAGUUAUUUUUCACGCUAGAGGCCAUUGAGGGGGAGAUAAAUACUGUGACAGGCGGGGGGGAAAUAAUGCAGAGAAGAAGAAAGCAGAAGAAGAAGAAGAAGAAGAAGAAGGAGAAAAAGAGAAGAAACCCACGAAACUGAGAGAAACAAAAAAAACGAAGCUAGAUUUUGAGAAGAAGAGUUUACCAGAACAAACACACACAAGAAAAAAGAUUGAGAGAGAGAGAGAGAGAGAGAGAGAGAGAGUUGGUAUAAUCUGGGAUAUAGACGAUCUGGGAUUUGUCUUGUUUUUAGAGAAUUUGCAUCUCUAUAUAUUUUCUCGGGGGUUGUUCUUCAAUUUUUCCUUCAUUCUUCAUGCAAUUAUCUUACAGCAUGGACAAAGACGAGAAAAGCCAGAGAGCAAAUAAAGCAUUAGAGCCUGAUUUUUUCUUGCAGUGGGGGAAUAAAAAGAGGCUUAGAUGUGUGAGAGUAAGAGACCCUGAAAUUAUCUCACAGAGAUCCGAUGGUGUCUUUCGCAGGAAAAUCACAACUCGUAUUGAUAGACGCAUCGUCUCUUCUGCUACAGAGAAAGAAACGUCUCAUCCUCAAUCCAAUCGCCUUACCAGGAAUUCUGAGGCAGCAACACUCCGGUCUGGUACGACUGAGAACCGGAAAUCGGCGUCACCGGAGAAAGAAGACAGGUAUUACACGACAAGAGGGUCAAUGAGUGUGGACGAGAAUGGGAAGAUUUCAAUUGAUGGUAACAAUGGAGAGGAUAAAGGACACGUUUGGCCAAAGCUAUAUAUCACACUGUCAAGCAAAGAAAAAGAGGAGGAUUUUAUGGCUAUGAAAGGGUGUAAGCUUCCUCAACGGCCUAAGAAGAGAGCCAAGAUUAUCCAAAGAAGCUUACUUUUAGUGAGCCCUGGGGCUUGGUUGACUGAUAUGUGCCAAGAGAGGUAUGAAGUGAGGGAGAAGAAGAGCACUAAGAAGAGACCGAGAGGACUGAAGGCCAUGGGAAGCAUGGAGAGUGAUUCAGAAUGAGAGAUUGUGAAAUUGAAGCAGCUGAGACUUUUUUUUUUUUUUUUUUUAAGAAAUUUUUUUGAAUUUUUGUUUGGAGAUCAUGAUAAUGUGGUAAUAGGUUUGUUAGAAUGGGAAAAAUGAGGGUAGUAAGAAUUCAGAAGUGGUCUCUUCUGCUUUCUUUUGUUUGUUGUAUAGAUCUAAGCUUCAUUUUUAUCAUUGAGAAAAUAAUUCUUUUUCUCAUCUA